UGCGCAAUCAGCUGUGCUCGGAGUCGGUUCAUAGUAUCGUUAUAGUGCUUCUUCCAUGAAAUUUAAUUUUAAUUCAAUUCUAAUUAAAAGAAAUGUUUUAACUUGUUCUAAUACAUAUAUAUGAGAAGAAAAUAGAAACAUAUUUUAAUAUAUUCGUCCGUCUCCGCUCUAUGUCGGUAUUAUUCUCAAUCUUUGUGCUGUUUAGAAGUUGUUUUGCGGUGUCGACUGUCGGUGUAUCAUCCACAAAAGAAAAAUAUACCUAAUUCAUCGUCGUCAACCUGAUUUGUGAGAGCUAGGUACAUAAAUUUAAUAAAUAUACCGCAAUUUGAUUUUUGCCGUUCGUUUUCUUUUCGUCCGUGUAUCGUGAUUAUUCCGGUCUGGUUGUGUUUUAUUUAUUUAUUAUUUCAUUGCAGAAAGAAGAAAAUUAAUCAAAAUUGUAAGUAAAGUGAAAGAAAAUUAAAAAGUCAAAAAAAUCAAUUAAAGUCCAUUUCUGCAAGUUUGUUGUUACUUGGUGUCUCUUUUCUUUCAUUCUCUGAAGAACACAUUCUUUUUUCUAUUUAAAAGUUUAUUCAUUCUUUUAUUUUUCUAGACAAAAAUGUGGAAAAAUUUGUUUUGCUAAUUCCGAGAAUUGUGUAAGAAGAAAAUAAUUAAUCCCUAGACACAAUGGAGUGCGUGAAUGUGAAAUAAGAAAAGAACAUUUUCCAAUAGAAAGAAUUCCCGGGAGAAAGAAUAUCCACAAGAAAAACAAGUGACAAGUGACGGUAAAUAAAAGAAAAAAAAACACUAAUUCUUUUAUUUUUCCUUUUUACAUAACAGUUGUUGUUGUUUUUGUUAGUACCUAUUACGUUAUCUUUUGUCAUCAUCUGUCAUUUCUUGAAGUGUCAUACACGCAUUCACCGUUGCGUUGUCUGUCGAGUGCCGUUAAAUCGAAUCGAUGCUGGUGGACGAAGAACGCCAUAUUUAUCGAGCAGCCGGUGGUGUUUUUAUUUUUGUUCUCCUUUUCGUUUGCACACACAAAUAACAGUUUAAAAUAUAAUUAUAUAAAAAUUGCAUUUCGUAUUGGAUUAUAAACACAGGUGACACAGCUCAUUGAGAGGAGCGGAAGGGAAUUUUUAGACUUUUUGUUCUUAUGUUUGAUUAUUGUUCAAAGUGUUGAAAUUCAUAUUACAUAACGGCGUCCAAAACGGAAGCAGACACUCCAUCACCCACGGAGGCGGAGGAGGAAGAGGAGGAGGAGAACGAGAACUUUGAAUUUGAGAACGUUAGCGAAGAAGAUACAGAUGCAUCUUUAUCAUCAUUGAAUAAGAACAAGAAACAAACACGAAUACCACAUUUAAAAAACAUCACCGUCACCGCCAUAGCUAAUGCAGCAGGAGCUGAAGAAUCAGGCGGUAAUAGCAGUCAAUCAGCAUCCGUCACUUCCGCCUCGGUCUCGACCGCGAUCUCUGCUGUCCCCAUCAUUAACAACCACAACAACAUCAUCAUCCCCUUGUCGCCAUCAUCAUUGUCCUCAGCUGGUUCAACGGCUGGAUCAUCAUCAACACAGGCAGGCGGCUGUCUAGCCGAUGGUGGUUCUUCAUCGUCAGUUUCAAAUUUUGAAAAGAAAAUGUAUUCAGACGGCGGCGGGGACGAUAAGGAUACUUCUGUGCGAGUUGCUGUUAGAAUUCGACCGCAAAUUCCACGUGAAGUAAUCGAUUUGUGCCGUAUCUGUACCACAGUGACACCAGGUGAACCUCAUGUUGUCCUGGGUACCGACAAAGCUUUUACCUUUGAUUAUGUUUUCGAUAUAAAUUCACAACAGGCUGAAGUAUAUACAAAUUGUGUAGAAAAACUUGUAGAUGGCGCUCUCAAAGGUUAUAAUGCCACAGUUUUGGCGUAUGGUCAAACUGGAUCGGGGAAAACAUUCACAAUGGGCACAGGUUUCGAUCGUGAUCUCAUUGAACAACAAUUGGGAAUCAUACCCCGAGCUGUGCGUCAUAUUUUUGAAGGGAUCGAAAGUAUGCAAGCUGGGGUAGUCGAUGAAGAUGGUGUUUCCCUGGGUGGAGUGCAAUUUAGUGUAGCCGCUCAAUUUAUGGAGCUAUAUAAUGAAGACAUUAUUGAUCUUCUAGAUCCCUAUAAUAAGGGACGAGUGUUUAAAAUCCACGAAGAUGGAACUGGAGGGAUAACAGUUGCUGGAGCAACCAUUAAGCCUAUCGGCGGGCCACAAGAUGCUCUGAAGUGCCUUCAACAAGGUGCCCUAGCUCGGACUACAGCUUCAACCCAAAUGAAUGAACAAUCUUCUAGGUCACAUGCUCUCUUUACGAUUCUUAUACGCAGACAGAGAGUUAUGUCCGCUGAGGAGUGUGGUUUACCUGAGGGCGAUUUAGAAACUUUGACAUCGAAGUUUCAUUUUGUAGAUUUGGCCGGUUCGGAGCGAUUGAAACGAACUGGAGCAACAGGCGAACGAGCCCGGGAGGGAAUUUCCAUAAAUUGUGGCCUUUUAGCAUUGGGUAAUGUUAUAUCUGCGCUGGGUGAUAAGUCAAAGAAGGCAUCUCAUGUACCUUAUAGGGAUUCAAAACUAACCAGACUUCUGCAGGAUUCUCUAGGAGGUAACAGUCAAACACUCAUGAUUGCCUGUGUGUCACCAAGUGACAGAGAUUUCAUGGAGACCUUGAACACCCUUAAAUAUGCCAAUCGUGCACGUAACAUAAAGAAUAAGGUACAACUUAAUCAAGAUCAAAGUUCAAGAACUAUCUCACAACUUCGAAGAGAAAUCGCUGCUCUACAAUUGGAACUUGUCGAAUACAAACAGGGCAAACGAAGUAUCGAUGCCGAAGGCAAUUCAGCAAUUUCUGAUACAUUCCAUGAGAAUGCAAUGCUUAUGGCCGAUAACAAACGCCUCCAACAACGAUUGAAAGCCAUGCAGGAGACAAUCAAUGCUCUGACCGAGAAAAACACAGAACUGAUGGUUGAGAAGGCAACAAAUGGUUGGACCAAAUCUGAUGGUGAUAAAUCAGUUACUGACAUGGUUGCUGGCUAUUUGGGUGAAAUUGAGAAACUACAAGCCAAACUUAUUGAAUCCCAAGAAAUGUAUCAACAAUUAAAGAAAUCCACUGCCCUAAGUCCAAGAAAUAAUUCUAAAAUGAAUUCAUGUUUUGAUAACCCAGAGACUUUAAUCAAUGUUGCCAAACGAGAGUUGGAAAAAAAUCGUGAAAUGCUUAUGUCCCGUUCGCUGCCAGGCUUCAAUGAAGAUGCCCAUAAUUCAAAUGUUGAAAAUAUCAACGAUUCAGAUAGUGAUAGUGACACAGAAUCUGAUGAUAAAGCUGGAGAAAUCCAAGCUGAGCUCAACGAUAUCAGUUCUGACAUCGAACUUAAGUCAAAACUUAUCGAACAGCUAGAAUUAUCCCAACAGAGGAUGCAACUUAUGCGUCAGCAUUAUGAAGAAAAACUAAAUGUCCUUAACAAUAGAAUUAUGAACACCCAAAAGGAACGUGAUCAAGUUCUUGCCAAUAUGGGUUCGAAUCAAACAUCGCCUUCAAGUGAUAAAGUUAAAAAAGUUCGAGAUGAAUAUGAAAGAAAGAUCAAUGAUAUGCAACGAGAGUUGAAAAAACUACAAGCAGCCCAAAGGGAACACCUGCGACAGCAAAGAGAACUUCAAGCGCAGGAAGCCAAACUAAGAACUCUUCGCAAUGAACUUGCUGAAUUAAAGAACAUCAAGACCCGUUUGAUUCGCAAAAUGACGGAUGAAACCAAUCGCCACAAAGAAGAAGAAACCCGCAAAGCCCGUGAAAUCGCACAAUUGCGCAAAGAAUCGCGCAAACAACAAAACACCAUGAAAUCCUUACAAGCCCAAGUCCAAGCCAAAGACCAAAUUCUCAAGCGUAAAACCGAGCAAGUAACAGCUCUGCGUCGCAGCCAAAAGGGUAUGCUAAGUCUCAAAGCAUCAGGUCGAGUUCCACCGAAGAAAGAAUCUUCGAUCUUUUCCGAACGUCAUGCUCGGAUGAAGCUAGAAAAAUUCCAUCGAAGCAUUAAUCGUGCUGCCCGCAACAAACAAGUUGUUGUUCAACUUGAAAAAGAACUGGAAAGACUGCUACACGAACGUGAGACCCUGAGUAAGGACAUAGCCAACGUUCGAAAUCGCCAGCGUCAACAUAAAUCUGCAGAUUUGGCCAGCGAAGAGGACUCUUUGAAGGCCAAUUUGAAUUUCAUUCAGGACAACAUAACCCAUGUCCAACAGGCCAUUAUGGAAUUUGAAGAAGGUAAAGAUCCACCAAAUGAUUUGGCUUCUUUGCAGAGUAUGAUUGAGAAUGUCAAGAGUGUAGAAGAGGCAAAAUAUCUGCUAAAAGAAUUAGCCAACAAUGCCAUAGAUCAAACCUGCGAUACAGCUCUCACGCAAGGUCGUCUGAUCGAGCAUGAAACUCUACUGAAGGAAGUCCAACAAGAGAGUGGAAUACAACAACAGCUGUUGCAACAUUUCCUCGCUCAAAAUCCUUCCGUUCAAAUAACUGAUCUUUUCGACACUCUCAAUCUAACUUCGGCUAAUAAUAUGAGCGGAUCAACAAAAUCUCUAAACAGCAAUAGUACCUACGACAUUCCAUUGGCCGAUGUUAGUAACUCUAGUUUUUGGGAUGGAGUUAUACCUGGACCAGGUGCUGUACAAAAUCGUUCAUCUAGCCGAAGUCCUUCACCAGCACCAACUAUUGAUUUGACUGAAAGGACAUCAAAGAUAAGAAGACGAACAGCCCAACCACAAGAACUUCUCUUUGGAGACACUGAAGUCAGUCACAAUGGGGAUGAUCCAAUGACACAAUCCUUCACUCAGUUGGAACCUGUUACACGUAGCUUUAUUCCAUUAGCACGUGUCCCAAGUGCGCCUGGAUCUUUAAAACAAUCACUCAACUCACCAUCGCUAACACGAAAGACUCUUGACAAUGGAGCUGCAGCAACAGCGAUUCCAGUCUCACCACGUGUUAGCCGAAGGACAUUUCCAACCAAAGGAUCACCAGGGUUGGAGGAAGAUGUCACACCACCACCACAGUCACCACCAGUCUACCGAAAGAUGAUAUCACGUGAAGAUAAUAACGCAGGAGGUGAUGUUUUUGCAAGAUUAGGAGCCGGGACACAAGACCCAGCUCCAGGCGGCAGCAUCCAAAAGGUUACUGGAAAGAUUCGCAUUGGAGUACCACUUUAUUGUACUCAUACUGUUUCGGGCCAUAAUAAUUCAGUUCUAUCGAUUAAAGUUGAUGAUGAUAUUCUUUAUACAGCAGCUGCUGAUAGAACAGUUAAAGUUUGGGAUUUAAAUCAAGAAACUGCCCAACAUUGUCUCUCGACUCAUCCUGGACCAGUUAUUGCUGUACAAAAUGACUAUCGCACAAGAUUAUUAUUUUCUGCCUCGGGUCCAUUUGUAAGAGUUUGGGAUUUGCGUACGAGCAAUUCAAGACCAAUUAAGACUUUAAGUUCCUCGGGUCAAAUUUUACCGGGUAAUGCUAAUGUCACUGGAACAAUACCUGGAGAAUCACCAAUAACAGCACUUUGUUUGGGCGCUUCGGGUAACUUGUAUGUUGCAGCAUCGGAUAAAGUUCGAAUUUGGGAUCUUAAAAGUUUAAAUUGUUUGGGAAAACUAUCCGGUGGUCAUCAGGCUGCUGUUAUGUGUGUUACAGCUUGGGAGGGUCCUGGUGGAAGCACAGAUUUUGUUGCGACCGGUUCCAAAGAUCAUUAUGUUAAAGUAUUCGAAGUUCCGACAGCCGGUGGUGUUGUUUAUCCACUGCUGAAUCUCGAACCACCACAUUAUGAUGGUGUGCAAGCAUUGGCUGUUGCUCAGGAUGCUCUUGGAGCUGAUGCUGAAUUGUUUUCAGGGAGUAGAGACUCCGGUAUUAAGCGGUGGGACCUUAAAAGCGGAGAACUCAAGCAGUCCCUCAACAACGCCCACAAGGGAUGGGUUUCCGGAAUGGCUAUUUCCGGUGAUGUGUUGCUUUCUAGCUGUCGUGGUGGCAUUAUACGUUUAUGGAAUGUCAAAACCUGUGAAAGUUUAGCCGAAUUGAAGACUGAUUUAAUGAUAAAUGACAUUGUUGCAUCUGGUCAGCGUGUUUUCACUGCAUCAAGAUUUUGGCCACGUUCAAUCAUUUGGAGUCUUAUAUUUGUGCUGCUGAUAAAAUUGGUGAAUUUAAUUUUAAGCGGAUUUUGUCCGCGUUCUAAAUGUGAUUGUGCGUGUUCAUGUCAGCACGGUUUAACUUGGCAUACUUCAUCAUUACCACCAACGUUCAAUUAAAAAAGAUAAUAAGGUCGAGGCUUAAUCCAUUUUCCAGUUUUUGGAAAUGUUUAUACCACCUUUACACCAAAAUAACCAAAAAUGACUUCUUAUUCCACUCUGCUUUGUUUAACAAAAACAAAAAACAUACAAAUUCAGCAAAACCACGCAUAAAACAUUAAGCACACCCCCUCUGUGAUAUUGUGGUGGUGUGUGUGGAUGUGUGUGUAUGGAGUAAGGGAGCUGAAUGUCAUCUGUUGAAGUCAUUGAAACAUUUUUUGUAUAGUAAAAAAAACAUACGAAAAUCGUAAUUCAGCAAAAUCAAAUUACUAUAUUUUGAUGUUCAGUAUUCACAAUUUGAUUGAUGGCAAAGUGCGGAUGUGGCGGUUCACCAAUGCCCUUAAGAGGCAAUGCUCCCUCGAUAGUAGCUGACAAACGGCCGAUUUGCGGCGAACAAACUCGACGAAUGACGCUGAAUUCAGCGGAAGCAAUUCGAAGUUACGAAGCUCCCUGAAACGACUGUCCUCGUCGACGCUAGGUCUAGCUGGACCAUCAUCAUCAUCGUCAUCACCGGCAUCAUCGUAUUACACAAACAGCAGCACAUUUUUGGAUCUGGCAAAGAGACGACUGCGAAGCGCAACUAACAGCCCAGUUCGUGUGGGACCUGGAACAUUUUUACCAAAUGCUGGGGCCAACAACACAAGAACACCUGCACCAAGUGGACGCAGCUCACCCGCGGCGACGGCGGCGUCACCAUCGGCUAUUGUUAAUUUUGUUCGCAAGAACGCUCGUAGUCGUUCAGAUCUAUCACAUGCUCCUUUGCGUCUGCGCGGCAGUCUUCCCAAUCGAGUUAACUCGCCAGUUUAUCGUUCGUCGCUUCGUCCAGCUCACAAUAAUCUCUCAACAUCAUCAAAUAAUUUGCUGACAUUUGGCAAUAAAUUAUGAUUCAUUAAUGUGUGUAUAUUAUUUUAUUUGUUUUAUGGUAUGGUCUUGUUGCGUUUAAGUUAAUUAAAUUGUUUUAUUUUAUUUUACAUAUCAUAUCAUUCCAUUAAAAAGCAGAAACAAAAACUUUAUUAACAAUUCACAAAUUAAUUUUUAAGUCAUACAUAUAUAUAAAUGCAAACAAUUUUUGUAACUAAAACAAUGAACAAAUAUAACAAUAAGCUUUUCAAUAUUUUUUGUAAGCACAUGUAACUAAUUUGUAAGCUUUGUCUAGAACAAUAAGAGAUUGAAUAAUUUUUCCUAUUCGAUAAGUUUUUUUUUGUAAGCACAUCUCAAAUCAUAUUUAACGAAGUAUUUUUAACUUAAUAAAUAUAAAACUAUUUAAUAUACUUUCAAUAAUUUUGUAAGCAGUCAUUUUUGAUUUGAGAAAAAUGAAGAAAUAAACAACUUUUUGUUCAUAUUUUGUAAGCAUAUCAAAUAUUAUAUUGAUAAUAAUUUAUAUUAUUUAAUUUCAUUUAGUUUGAAUCUUCGUAUACGUUCCAAGAUAUUUUAUUUUGCUUUAAUAACUAUAUAUUUAUAACAGUUCAACUUGACUAGCUAACAAAAAGAUACAAAACUAAUGGAACACUUUAAUGUACCUAUAUAUAAUUUUUAACAAAUAUGGACUAUAGAAAAAAUAUGAUAAAUUUAAAAUAAUUGUGUUUAUAUUUUUAUUUGCUACAAAAAAAAUUGUAAAAGAUGAACAAAUUAUGUUUAAUUUAAUAACAUCUCAUACUACAUUAUACAUUAUAUACUAAAACAUGCGCCUACAGAACUCAUAAAGAAAACAAUGUAACAAAACCCUAAUAUUCACAAAGACAAUAUGUAAUAAUAACAAAUAAAAAACUAUAAUAAUAAUAAUAAAUGCGCUCUUUGCACAAUAAAUGUGUAAGCCAGAGUUAUUUCAA